CCUGCCUACGGAAUCUUUUCUCUCUUAUAUGAUUGCCUUGGUAAAAUCGUGAAACUCAUAUAUUUGCGCACACAUGAUUCUCGAACUUAUGGCUACUGUUUGGAGCUUUUUUACCACGUUCGCGUCACCUGAGGUUGACAAGACGAAACUCAACCAAUUGCGCAACACCGUUCGACAUUCGCUCAAGCGUAGUGUUCUCAGCGAGGCAUCCUUUCUUCCAGAGAGUCAGAUCAAAAAGCUUGUUACGCCAGACAAGAUAAAGGUAUUAUUGCCGAAUGCCAAGCCAGAGUUGGUAGACUUCAUCUGCAAACAUGCACAAAGGCUUUUCUUGACUGCAUCAUUGCAUCAUGGCAAUCUCCAGGACAUUAUGGAUACUUUCAAGUACCAUGGAAUGACAGAUAAGGAACUCCCGAUCCGUGAUCUCGCCUCGGAAGAUAAGUAUUGCGAUGUUCACACAGAGGGGCUUCAAAGAGUCUGCAGCCAUGAAAAAGCUUUGGAAGCCUUUCAUCGCUGGGAUACGCACGACGUAUGGACCUUUUACAAUGAUCAAUGGACAUUUUGUGCGCCAAUACUCGACAUGGGAUGCUCGUCCCACGAAUUCCAUGCGAAACACAUACUCCCAUUUAUAGAAAAGGGUACCACUCAAAAGGAUGGCCAUUUCAGUACUGUAUUUCAGGCUGCAAUUCAUCCUAGCCAUCAAAUUAUUCAUGGGUCCUCCAAGUCGAACACAGAUCAGACACGUGUUGCUCUCAAAGAGUUGAAAAAUCUGAGCGAGCAAAACUACAACGUACAUGUGUCUUGGCUGAAUGAAGCAAAUGCACUCUUCCAGAUUGCCGAGCUUCGUCAUAAACACCUCAUCAGUCAGGCCACUGCCUUCAAACAAGGAGAAAGAAGAUUCAUCAUGCUCGAGUGGGCUAAUGGGGGCACUUUGCGGGAUAUUUGGCAGACAGAAUCCCACGACAGAUCUUUCCUAGAUGGUAACAAGGUCAUGCGAGUCUUAGAAGAACUAACUGGACUUGCAAGUGCGCUCUCGAGAUUACAUGGCACUAACACUAGAACAAAAACUGCAAAAGCAACAUCGGCUGAUCGUACAAAGAAGGGCGCUACCUCGAGAUCCAAAACAAUCUUCUCUCAGGGCCAGGGUGAUGGCGAUGGCAAUCGCUUGACUGUUCCAAAGAUACGCUUCGAGGGAGUAAGCUCAGAUGACGGAGAUGACUCCAGCGACAACGCUGAAGAGCAGCAUUGGCGCCAUGGAGAUCUGAAGCCCGAGAAUAUCCUCCAUUUCAAAGACGAAAAGUCUCCAUGGCUUGGAACUCUCAAAAUCGCUGACCUAGGUCUAGCCAAGCAACACGUAUUUGCCACUACCCAGAGACAAGACCCAACCCGGCAGAGAUACACAACCUCGCACUACGAGGCACCUGAAGUUAUCACGACUAUGAAUUCUCGAGUCCCUCGGUCACGCCGAUAUGACAUAUGGUCAAUGGGCUGUAUCAUAUUCGAGUAUAUGAUUUGGCUCCUGUAUGGCUACGAAGAGGGGCUGAGAAGCUUUUAUAACGAAGAGAAGGAUAUUAAUACCCAUCAAGAAACAUUAUACUUUACAGCGGACCUGACUACAAGGCAAGCUCAAGUGAGCGACGUAGCGCGAAGUUGGAUCAGUCACAUCUUGGAUGUCGACCCGGAAUGCAACCGUGCGACGCCAAGUGUGAUAAGAGACCUCGUCGUGUUGGUCAGGGAUAAGCUUCUUGUUGUUGAUCUGCCCCAAGGAAGCAUGAGUCAGGAUGACAUCAAGAUAUGUCGUGCUAGUGCGGAUGACUUGGAGAGGAGCCUCAAGAACAUCAAGAGAAUGGCUAUUGACGAUGAACAAAAGGGAGGCAGAUACCUGUCUUCGGGUAAAAGUCGUAACGAGGUCUCCCCACCUCGUCCACAGCGUGUUCGAAGGCAGAGCUUCUUGUCAACGAGUUCAGGCUCGACCUCGAAACAAUCGAAUCUGGUAAGAGCUUUAGUUUGAUUGAUUGUGGCAAAGGCUGAUGUUGGAUAGGAUGUAGGUGCAUUGGCGGCGAAUCGAAGAGCAUAGCAGCGAUGACUAACUGGUUCUGUUUAUUAUUUUGUAUUAUAGACUGUAAGUAAGAGCACGAGGGUAAAGCUCGCGAGUAAUAAUAGC